AUGGCCACUGUGCAAUUUUCGAGGACUCUUUGGCAAUAUUCAAGAUGCGCGCGGCUCGACCUGGAACGCUCAAUGGUAUCCUCCAGUUCAUUUUUGCAGCGCCGCUCAACAUUUGCAACCGUUUCCUCGUCCCAUCUCAAUGACAUCCAGUCCGAGGCCUCUCAGUCCUCGUAUUCUGACGAACACUCCGAAUUGACUGAAGGAGUAGACUUUCCAAAACAAAGAAAACGACGGGUGAAUGCAGAUCUGGGAGCUGAUGUUCUCAGUGCCAGCGAAAAGCAAAAAAGGAAAGAAACCCUCAAAGAACUCGUGAAUGCGAUUCAUGCUCGUGCCGCCGCUGAUGUUUCUGGCUCACUUAGUCCCUCAGAAAUCGCGGAUCUCUCAAAAGAACCGGCCUCCCUGCACUCUGUAGAAGGUUCCGAACUUUUAGCUGGAAUCGAAAUACGACAACGACGCAAGCGUAGGACAAAAGCAGAAAUGCUUGCCGCCGCCGCCGAACAGGAAAUCGAAAUACGGCAACGACGCAAGCGUAGGACAAAAGCAGAAAUGCUUGCCGCCGCCGCCGAACAGGAAGCCCUUAAUCCAAAACCUAGACGAAGACGGCGAAGUGGUGAGACUGAAGAGACCCCGACAUUGGGUAGACCCCCUGGUAAGGGUUAUCGAAAGCCUCUUCCUCGACCGCAAAGGAAGUCGUCCUCUGGAACACAACUCAUAAACAUGGAGACCGAUAAUCCCUCCGGCGAGAUUCCUUUCCUCAAUCUCCCCCCUAUGGCACAAUGGAAAGAAGUGUUUUCCCAUGUCAGAGAAUCCAAGCGACCGACGCUACGAAAUCCCGAAACUGCGUUAAUGCUUGCCGAUAAAAUCAUUCCGGAGGGUUCAAAGGAUAAGGUUAUUAUUGAAGCAUUCUCUGUUCAUCCCACGUUGCACUUUAUUAUGCAAAUGGGCUCGGGUGUGGAUGGUGAAUUAGUUGGCGCACAGCUCCUUCGUACAGUUCCAGAUCGUCAGUGGCUAUUUAAGUUUGGUCGCAUGCCUAUGAACUUUAUUCUUCCUGACCGCAUGUGGGAGAGAUUUAAGGCACCCGAAGCGGUCACCAAAUUGGGGCAAGCUCGCUGUAAAGUGUCAGUCAUGGCGCAGGCGGUUGCUCAUCUCUCGCAAACGGUUCCCUAUGAUGCCCUACAGCCUUAUGGCGAGCAUUUCCAUCCAGAGCGGUACAAUACAUUUGAAGAAAAGACCUUUAACCUGGAGAAAAGACGUGCUGGAAGUCCUCGUGUAGCGGGUGGAUUCUUGCCCAUGGCCCAGCCAGUCAUCCUUCCUGGUGACCUUGAUUAUUGGGACUAUGUCGUUCGGAAGCUAUUCGUAGUGAAAGCCACCCCUCUGGAAAGAUCUAUCUCGGCUUUGGGUCCCGGUGCAUAUAAUAUGAUGAAAUACCUUACCAACCCUGAAGACCCUUCUAAACCAUUUGACGUCACGAAAUCUCCUCGUAGCUUCACCAUCCAGGACUGGAACGCAGUCGUUCAAGCAUUUAUCAAAUGGCCAUUCAGACCAACUGAUCUCGGGAUCGAACAAAUGUUCUCCAAGAAGAUGUAA